UGCACCUUGACGGCCCUGCUAGCUGAGUAGCUGUAUCUGACCGUCUCGUUCAGGCGGUACUUGUCUUUCUUGUUUUGCGUGUCUCUCGUUGGCAUUCUCUCUCUGCAAAUCGGAAACUUGGAUAGCGAUCAUUUGCGAUCACUAGGACGAUGCCAAUCCCCAUUAUACCAACCAUUGCUGGCGCAGCAGCCGUUGCCGCGUACCUUGACGGCAAGUAUCAAAUUCGCCAGGAUGUCCGUAGUAUCUUAGGCCAGAAGGCCGCUGAGCGGCACCUCAUCGACCUGCAAAAGAAGGAUCGCAUGUGCUUGUGGUAUGCCUUCGAAGAAAAAGUCAAUCAGAUGCCUGCAAACGAUGAAUGCAUUUGGUCACGGGAGGGCUGCUACACCUGGAGAGAGACGUACGACCAAGCCUGCAGAUAUGGAGCCUUCCUCCAAUCACAGGGGGUACAGCCAAGGGAGCUUGUUGCGACUAUUCUCACGAACACGCCCGUAAUGGCGUUCCAUUGGGUUGGAUGCUGGAGCAUAGGAUGCGCUCCUGCGUUGAUUAACUACCACCUUACCGGUGAUGCUUUGGUGCACUGCAUCAAGGUCAGCGGCGCUAAGAUCGUCGUCGUAGACUGGGACCCCGAGGUUUGCCAGCGAGUUGAAGAGAUGAGAUCGAUCGUGGAAGGGGAGCUUGGUCUCAAGAUCAUUAUUCUGGACGAAGCAACAAGGGCAUCUAUAAAUGCUCUGCCUGCGCGGCGACCAGACGAUAAGCUGCGUCAAGGAAUGACAGCAGAUUAUCCAAUGUGCCUGCUCUACACGAGUGGAUCGACAGGGCAUCCCAAGGCUGUUGCUUUCGGCAUGGGUCGGGGAUCAUUAUUAGGCGGCAACAGAAUAAGGGCUAUCGGCAUAAACCCAGGUCCGAACGGAGACAGAUAUUAUAUCUGUAUGCCUCUGUAUCACGGUACAGGUGGUGUGGCUAUGGUUUCAUCACUUAUGGCGGGCGUGACUGUAUGCAUGGGCAAAAAGUUCAGCACAAGUAAAUUCUGGGACGAGAUUCGGGACAGCAAUGCAACCGCGUUUGUCUACGUUGGUGAGACAGCGAGGUACCUGCUUGCCGCACCACCAAGUCCACGAGACAAGGACCAUAAAGUACGGGUCAUGUUUGGCAAUGGUAUGAGGCCUGAGGUCUGGGUUCGCUUCCGAGAGCGAUUCGGUAUUGAUACCAUUGCCGAAUUCUUCAACAGCACAGAAGGUGUCUUUUCAUUACUGAACAUUUCCAGAGGCCCGUUUACAGAUGCCUGCGUAGGCCAACACGGAGGUAUCCUUAGAUUCUUACUUCGGAACUUCUACGUAGCUGCAGAGAUCGACCAUGAAACCGGUGAUCUAUGGCGAGACCCAAAGACAGGUUUUGGCAAGCGAAAGUCUCUUGAAGAGGGAGGAGAGAUGCUUGUUGGGGUUCCGAACGAGCAGGCCUUCGCUGGUUACUGGAAGAAUAAGGACGCAACGGACAAGAAGUUUGCCAAGGAUCUGUUCAAGAAGGGAGAUCUUUGGUAUCGAAGUGGUGAUGCGCUAAGAAGAGAUAAGGACGGAAGGUGGUAUUUUAUGGACAGACUUGGUGAUACAUACCGAUGGAAAUCGGAAAAUGUCGCGACGGCAGAUGUGUCUGAGCGCCUAGGCUAUUCUCCGGGCAUGGUGGAAGCGAUCGUCUACGGCGUUCUUGUUCCCGGACACGACGGCAGGGCCGGCACAGCCGCGAUAAGCCUGACGCCGGAGACCAAGCCGGACGCUGCGUAUUUCAAGCAGCUGCUCAAGUACUCGCUCGAGCACCUACCGAGAUACGCCGUUCCCGUGUUCAUUCGGCUCCAACCCGGCGGCUCAACGGCCAUGCACAACCAGAAGCAAAACAAGGUUCCUCUAAAGAAGGAUGGUAUCGACUUGGACGCAAUCUAUGGAAAAGGCAAGGACUUCAAGGAUGCGCUAGCUGAGGGUCGCGACUUAAUGUAUUGGUGGCCAGCAGGCGUAGGCCACAUGCCCAGUUCCGGUGGUGAUCCCGACGCGUAUGUCCCUUUUGAGAGAAAGGACUGGGAGGCGCUUAAGGCGAAGCACAAGGAGAACGUUGCUAGAUUAUAGAUCGGUGGAUUGUAUCUCAGUAUGUUUAGAAGAGCCAAGCUCUAGUUUUCAGUUAUGUGUACUGUACGUAACACGCAGAUGGCGGAGCGGUCGACUCAAAUAGAGGCCGAUUUUCCUUCACAAGGACAGGACACAGCUAUUUUUGUGUUCAUUUGACAACGUUCUCGACGAUUAAAGGACGAAUUCUCGCUUUCGAAGGUAUAGGGCAGAGUAAACAUGGCUGCCGGGCUGAGCGGC